AUGUACUUCACUUACGUCGUCAGACCGGGCGAGGCCCCCGAAGGUCGGGGUCCGCAGUUCGAGCCCUUCUGGAGCUUUUUAGUAAACUACAAUCUCAGGCUCGGGGUCUUCUUGCUGUUAGCGGCAUAUACCUGCCUUCUUAUGACUGUGUCCGCUGGACGUGAUGAUCCCCUGGCCCUCCUGAACGUCCUCCGUGCAACACCAGAUUCCGCAGGAAAGUGCCCUCUUUGGGCAGCGCAGCUGGGAUGCGGCAUUUUGAUCUUGGGUCACCUGACUGUUCUGGCCUUCCAGUCCCUCACUGACGACGACAGCAGCAUUAAGCAAUCACGAGGAUACCGUUCGGGCAGCAAGUUUCUCCAACAGGCGUCUUCCUUCGGAGUUGUUGCCUCCACUCUGUCCCUCCUGGUGGUGUAUUCCGCCAACUACUACUUCGAUGACCCCUGGAUGAACAAGACCGUUGGCAGUGGAUCUUCUUGGCUCAUUUUUUUCACUGCAAGACUUUGUGACGCGCUGUCAUUGUUUUUCUUCGCUGGUUCUGCCUUUUACCUUGAAGCCUACCAUUCAGAGGGCGCUGGAGAAGCCUGGGGAUGGUUGGGAGCCAUCUGCUUCAACCUUACUGCCUUUGCAGAAGUUGCAGCUCUCGCCACCUGGGGAAACGCUUCUUUUCCAGUUUGGGAUGCAGUGUACACCGUGAUGCUGGGGGUGUCCCUAUGCGUCCUAUUCUUGUGGUCUCUCUUCUUUGAGCCAGCUAGCCACCGCUUUGACGUGCGGCUGACACAGUCAGCCAUGCGUAACGAGUAUUAUAAGUCCCGUAACGCCAUGGCGUACUAUGGCCCAGCUGUUGUCAAUGCAGAUGGGGAGAUUGAUAUUGCUGCAGCAGCCCAACAGGCUCAGGCCUGUCUUAACUGUUCAAGCUGCUAA